AUGGGAGUUGGCAAGUCAUGUUUACUUCAUCAAUUUACAGACAAGAAAUUUAUGGCAGAUUGUCCUCACACAAUUGGAGUGGAAUUUGGGACUCGUAUUAUUGAAGUAGCAGGCCAGAAAAUUAAACUGCAGAUUUGGGACACUGCCGGUCAAGAAAGGUUCAGGGCUGUAACUCGAUCUUACUACAGAGGUGCUGCUGGAGCAUUAAUGGUAUAUGAUAUUACGAGAAGGUCUACUUACAACCACUUAAGUAGCUGGUUAACAGACACUCGCAAUUUGACCAACCCAAGCACUGUGAUAUUUUUAAUUGGCAACAAAUCUGAUUUAGAUGCUCAAAGAGAUGUAACAUAUGAGGAAGCUAAACAGUUUGCUGAUGAAAAUGGACUGAUGUUUGUGGAAGCAAGUGCUAAAACAGGUCAAAAUGUAGAGGAAGCUUUUCUCGAGACAGCUAAGAAAAUAUAUCAGAGUAUUCAAGACGGGCGACUGGACUUGAACGCGGCGGAGUCGGGCGUGCAGCACAAGCCGGCGUCGCCGGGCCGCCCGCUGGCCGCGCCGCCCGCCGCGCGCGACAACUGCGCCUGCUAA